CAGUGAUGGAGGAGGCUGGAGAGUUGAAGUGGGAUAUUGAACCAUGCAAUGGCAGAAGUAGUUUUUUCACCCGAGAGUCUUAUGAAACAUAUUCUCUUGGUCCCACUGUUGCCGAACUUUUACUUCUCUGUAACAAACCCAAAUCUGCAGAAUCUGAUCCUACACCUUCCAUGUCAGAAGCUCUUCAGUCUCCUGUCACUGAUAGCCCGUCUUCUGUUCGCUCCACCUCCUACAAAGAGCGUUCCACCCUUUCCAGAACCACGUGUACCAUACCCUCAUUACUCCUCACUCACUACUCUGGAGCAGGAUACCUAUGUGAAACUGAUGAUUAAAUUCAUUAACAAGAAAAAGAAUAAUCUCAAUAUAUUGCAGAUGAAGGAAUACAAACAUUUUGAGUUCUUGAAAUUAAAGUUGAGCAGUGAACAUAUGGAGUUCCAGAAAUUUCUCCAGAACGCAGCACGCAGCUGUGCUGAGGAUUACAAUGUGCUGUGCGCAGAUGCCACAAGAUACAUUCAGGAAAUGAUAAGGUCCUGCCAAGCUUAUGUAAAAGAUUACCCUGAACUCUAUGUUGUCCAUGAUAUGACAAGCAUCCUGGGAGGGAAGUUUAUUCCUGACUUGUCACUGAAUCUGGAGAAGUGUCUUCUUAAAAUGGGAUCAGUAAACUUUGUGAAAGUCAAAUUUCCAACAGAUGAUAUUGUUCUCUCAAAGUCAUACAAAAAAGUUUCCCGAACCGUGUCCCCAGUGAGAAAGGCUGGGCGUCUGCAUAAGGGUGUGACCUCAGAUCCCAACAUUUCUAAACUGGUUUCAAAGUACUAUCCGCAGGUUGUGCUUACUGUGCAGGCUUUGUACACUCUGCUUAAUAAUCAUGGACCUGUAUACAGUGAACAGUGGGAGAUUCCUGUUCGUGUGGAGACAAUUAAUAGCAUAGAUGACAAGCCCUCAAGAGUGGUG